AUGCCCGGUGAGUUCGCAUUGGUAGCAUCAAAUGAAUUUGUCAUCCUGUUCCAGAGAUUCUCGAGCUUCAGUCGCCUGGUGAGGACCACCGCCUGGGUCCUGAGGUUUGCGCGACGGUGCCGCAAACAGAGAAGCGAGCUCGAGGAAUAUGGACUCACUGCAACGGAGUGUGAGGCCGCGGAGAACCUGUUAAUCAGGCAGGCCCAAUUGGAGUCGUUUCCCGCCGAGAUGAGGUCGGCGGAACGCGGAAAGGACGUCGCCAACUCGAUCGAGAUUAGAAGUCUGGCGCCUUACGUGGACAAAUAUAGAGUUCUGCGAGUUUAUGGCAGAGUCGAUGCCGCGCUGUCCAUGCCGUACAGUGCGAGGAGGCCUGUGAUACUGUCACACAGGCACAGUCUUACGGAGAUGGUAGUAAGACACUACCACGCCCAGAUAAAGCAUCAAAACGUGGAUGCGACGAUUGCCCAGAUCCGGACGAGAUUCUGGGUCACGAAGAUAAGACGAGUGCUGAAGGAGGUAACUUCGUCGUGCAACAAAUGCAAGCUACAACGGACGUGGCCGAUGCCGCCGAUAAUGAGACCCCUUCCAGAGGAUCGCUUGGAAGCUGGAGGAUGGUCAUUCAAGUACACAAGACUAGACUACUUUGGGCCACUGCUGGUGACUGUUGCUCGUCACAGAGAUAAGCGUUGGGUCGCCUUGUUCACAUGCUUGACGACAAGGGCGAUUCAUCUGGAGCUGGCGCAUGACCUGUCAACGGAUUCCUGUAUAAUAGCGAUCAGGAACUUCGUCUGCCGUAGAGGACCAGUACGUAAACUGCGGAGUGACAACGGCAAGAACUUCGUGGGAGCUGACAUGGAGGCCAGGCGAUUUGGAGACGUGUUCGAGACGGAAAGGAUACAGAGUGAGUUAUCCAGCAGGAGCAUUGAAUGGCUCUUUAAUUGCCCAUCCAACCCGUCUGAGAGCGGAGUAUGGGAGCGGAUGGUGCAGUGCGUCAAGCGAGUGCUGCGCCAUACCCUGAAGGAAGUCGCGCCGAGGGACCAUGUUUUGGAGAGUCUCCUAAUAGAGGCGGAAAACAUAGUCAAUUUGCGUCCGCUCACCCACUUGCCAGUGGAUGCGGACCAAAAGGCACCGUUGACGUCAAACGAACUGCUCAAGGGAGCAGCUAACCUGCCCGAUACGCCCGGAUGGGAUGUGGAGCGGCCCAAGGAGGGUUCUACGCGAAAGCAGUGGAGGAUUGCCCGCAUGCUACGGGACCGCUUCUGGAGGAGGUGGGUCAUGGAGUACCUGCCUACGCUUGUGCGCCGCGAGAAGUGGUGCCGGAGAACGGAGCCCAUCCGCCAGGGCGAUAUGGUCUUCGUCAGCGAUCCUGCCUUGCCCAGACGAGAGUGGCGCAAGGGCAUCGUGGAGGAGGUAUACAGCGGAGUUGAUGGAGUCGUCAGACGCGCCACUGUGCGCGUAAAUAAUAAUGGACUAUCUUGGACAAUGUUGCGGCACGUCUCUAAACUUGCAGUUUUAGAUUUGAGUGAAGCGGGUCUUCACGGGGUCGGGGAUGUCGACGGUCAAAACAUUGUUAUCGAUAGUUAA